CGGACACGGCGGCGGCGGCGGUUCAGCAGUGGUUGAGCAGUGCUCUCUGUAGGUGAUCAUAAUGAAACAUGCGCCCGGUCCGCUCCUCCACCGCGCUCCUGCCUCGCUCUUCUUAUAACAGCUUUCUCUUAUUGGGCUCCGCGAUUCCCAGAGAACUUGAGGGAAGUUCUUCUCAGAAAGACGGAGAGCCCGUGUUCACCUGAGCGCUCAGAAAUCUGGGGAAUCUGCACUGGGAAACGCUGUUUCAGGAUUGAUUUUCUUUGACAAAGACGAUCCCGUGGGAAAAAUACGCGCCUUCUCAACAUGCCUCGAGAAACAGGAGCGUUCAGUCUUCUUAUAGUGUUCGCGGGCCUCGCUGUGCUGUGUGAGAGCCGGGUGGUGAAGGUGGCUCCUGGUCCAUUGGUGCGUGUAGAGGGGCAGACUGUGUCUAUCCGCUGUAAUGUUUCAGAUUAUCAGGGUCCCAGAGAUCAGGACUUUGAGUGGAGCUUGGUUUUGGAGAGUGGAGAUGUCCAGCUGGUUUCCACUUUUGAUGCCGCAUACCCAGACAGCUCAGUGAAGGAUCGGGUCAACAGCGGAGACAUCACUGUGAAGAAACUGUCAGAUUCCUCUGCAGAGCUGACGAUUCGAAAGGUCCGAGCCUCAGACAGUGCCACCUAUCGCUGCUCCACUCCCAGCACUGACUCGGUCACCAGUGGGAACUACUAUGCAGAUGUGGAACUCAGAGUGAUUGGAGACACGCUAAGAGUGGUCCCAGCCGUUCCUCAGCCACUUGUUUCCGAGGGCCAGUCGUUGGAGCUGCACUGCAAUGCCAGCCGGGCGUACACAGUAAACACCUUUCUGUCCGUCACCUGGUCAAUCAAAAAAGGGACCAGCCCCCUUGAAGAGAUCUUGACGUUUGGGCCGGAUGGCGAGAUGAAGGUGGGCCAAAAUUAUGUCCAGCGCUAUGCAGAUGGUGCUCUUCUUCUGGACCUACCUGGGGGAGGUUUCUUCGGCCUGGUCUUAAAGGGGGUGAGGCCACAGGAUCAGGGUUCAUAUGCCUGUACAGCCAGGGAGUGGACAAGACAACCUGGGGCAGGAAAGAACUGGCACAAGAUUCUGGAGAGGAGUGAAGAAAUGGGUAACGUUUCAGUCACGCCCUUAGCCCAGUCUCUGGUGGUUGCUGUGGAGAAAAACGCUACCCUCAAUGUGGAGGACACUCUGAAUCUGACCUGCGUGCUAGCUGUUCGUGACCUGCUUUCUCUGGACCUGGAGCUGACGUGGAUGGUCAGGGCAGGCGACUCUUCGGCUGGCCAGAGAGUUCUGCUCCACAUGGGACGUGAUGGGCAAGUACUAAAUGGAUCAGAACUGGUGGGGAUGAGCAGGAUUAAGCCGGACACCUUCAGGCUCAUCCUGCCUAGGGUGCAGCGCUCAGACUCUGGCCUGUACUUCUGCCAGGUCAAGGCCUGGUUGCCACAGGGAAGUGGGAGAUGGUACCAGGCUGCAGAGAAAACCUCCAGUCCUGUCCAGGUUCUGGUAACACAGCUAGAUGUGGACUUUAAGGUGACCCUGACGGCCCCUCUGACCCCCCAGUUCACCUCUGACCCCACCGAGCUGCUUUGUCAGGUGACUGACCUUCUCAAUCUGCGAGAUGGUCGUCUGAGCGUGGACUGGACCUACUCUGCAAACAAACCAGGAGACGUAUCUUCCAGCGAGAGCGCCAUUGCGUCUGUAAAUGAGAAUGGGGUUCUAGUUCCUGGACAGAAGUAUAAGCAGAGGCUGGACCGAGGGGACAUAGCGGUGACCCGCGGUGAACAGAACACAUUUAAACUGCGGGUGCUCAACACUCGGGACCAGGACAUGGGCUUGUACUCCUGCAGUGUAUCUGCCUGGACCCGUAACCGUCAGGGAGGGUGGGACAAGGUCAAAGAGACAAAGUCAACUCAAGUCACUGUACAAUGGAUGUCUAUUACUCCAGUGCUCAGUGUUGUAGCUCACCGGGUGAGGGAGGCCUCUACAGGUGGCUCCACGUUCGAGAUGAGUUGUCGAGUGAACGGUCAGAAUAUACAGAAUCCUGGCUACUCAGUGGUCAUCCUUUUUGCUGAGACUCAAGGAGGCAUCCCUCGGAAAAUCCUAUCCCUGAAUCCGGACUCUGUGCUGCAGCUGGAGGAAGGAAUGGCGGCGAGCCGUACUGACAGCGUGGCCCUGGAGAAGACGGGCCAGCUAGAGUAUCGUUUCCGCCUGUACGGGGCUCAGGUCUCAGACAGAGGGUUCUACUACUGUGAAGUGACUGCCUGGACCCGCGAUCAGAGCCCUGACUGGAUCCGGGCUGUCAGCGCCGAGUCCAAUAAAAUGGAGAUCGCCUUUGCUGACUCAGGUCCAGCAUUCAACGUGUCCAUUCACUCAGACAGACACAGGCUUCUCCCUGGAGACACUGCCAAAAUGGAGUGCAUCCUUUCCAUACUGGGGGCCACUCCCAACAAAGGAGAUGUGGCCUAUGACGUUCGCUGGUUCCAGAGUCCAGCACGAGCUGUGGAGAAUGGUGGAGCUGUGCCCAUGAUCACUGUGGACCGUUAUGGACUGGUGAAGAAGAGUGGAGGAAAUGAGAGCACAGAGUGUAGUCUGGAGCGCACAGACAUGAACACGUUUGUGCUCAGUGUGCACCGUGUUCAGGACCGGGAUAUGGGAGAGUAUUACUGCACAGCUAAACCCUGGUAUAUCUCCCCUACCACUGGAUUCUGGACUGAGGGACAAGAUCUCACUUCUGAACGAGUCACGCUCUCCAUUAAACUAGAAAUGUGGGAGUCCCUGAAGAUGCCACUGGUUUAUGGCGUUCUUGCAGCGCUUGGCGUUGGCCUCCUGUCAAUUCUUUUUGGACUUCUUGUCGCCAACUGCUGCCUCUCCAGAAACCCUAUGCACACGCCUCGUGGCAAGCUCAUGGACCUGGAUGACUGAGCUUAUGAACCUGGAGCUUUACCUAAAAAUGCCUGAGUGACCCUAAAUUAGCCCUCUCUCUCUCCUGCAAAUGUGACCAUGUUUUACCUUACCCUCCCCCCUUUUCCAGUCAGCAUGGCUACUGAUGACCUAACAGCUGUAUUGAGCCACGAGUUUUCUGAUUUGUGUGUAUGCACCACUUUAAGGGAGAAUAAGGGAGAAAUAUCGACUUGUGUGCACUUACAAGGCUGCAUCCAUUCCGGCGAGAGACAGCAGGCUCACAAUAACAACUGGUGCACGCUUACUGGCGUAUGGUAUCUCAGGAAUAAUUCGCUGGCACCUGCCUCACUGGCUUUAAUGAAAUUCUUUUGGUAAUGGAGGACCUGUCUCAAAUGUUGAAAUGCUGACCAGUGUUCUAAAGAGCUUCAUCAGGAAUACCAUUUUUAACGUUCUGCACAAAGUUGUGACUGCACUGUGCCACUGCCAGGAUUAAUAUGUUUUUUGGGGUGGAUUUUUUACUUUUAUUCCUGCAUGAUGAAGGACUCUAAUUAAAGUGCCAAGGGACUCAUCGGGAACUUUAGCAGAAAUUCCUGGCAUUAUUUUGUUUUAUCAUUUUUUUUUUUAAUAAAUUCUGAAUUCUGAAUUCAUCCCUACGUCAGAUCCCGUGUCUGUCAUGCCAUUGAUUGUCCUCCUGCAUCUGCCCAGUCUCCCUGUCAAUCAGGGGCAUGUUCUUGACAGCACAGAGCUCCAGAGGGCUGACCCUUCUCUUCCCCCUUCUAAAGAGUCCUCUGCUAAUCGGCAGUCCAGCUGACCAUGACUGAUGGACACACUGAGAGUGGCUGCAGUGUUCCCUGACCCCUUCCUGGCUUUAAAGCUGAAACCCACAGUGCAUAGCUCACUCGGUUUACACUGGCUGUCUGUUGGUACAAGAGGGGCUGCUUUCAGGGGUUUGUUUGGCCAGAGGCGACAUUGUGCUGGAGCCUGGGAGAUGGGCGAGAUCAGUUACUACAGUAGACGUGCUUGGAAGACUGUACCUUGCUCACUCCAGCAAUGUGGACGCUGAUGCAUAAUAUCCUCCAUUUAAUGUUCACUCACUGAUGCUUACUGUCUUUUCUUACCCUUCACAGAGUGUGCCCACAAACACAAACACACACACACACACACAGUGGAAUUAAAUACUGCUCCCAAAAUGCAUCAAUAUUUUUUACAGAAAACACAACAGAACACACAAACAACUCCUCUAGGUUAACUGUAUUGUAAAUGCCCUAGUUUUUUAUGAAUAAGCCUACAGGCUUCUCUAGAAAGCUGAGGAACCAUAAAAAGUCAGGGCAGUCCUGAGGGUGCAUCGUUCCUAAAGCAGAGGUGAUUCAGAAAUAGAGGUGCUCCUGUACUUUCUCUACUUAAACCAAUCCUGAGGGACCCCAAGCUGGCCCAGAUAUUUUUCCUCCAACCAAAGUCACAAUGCACAGAGUAAAGCUUGGACUGUGGGUACUGGCAGUCCCUGAGUGCUGGUUUCUGAUAGCCAGUGUCUCAGAGAACCCCUGUCCCUAGGACCAUGGUUUGAACAAGUGGUCUACAGCAGUGGCUCUCAAUCCUGGUUCUGGAGUACCAAUGCCUUGAAUGAGUUACCCCUUAUGAGGGCUUGCCUAACCAGUUUAUUAACUAAUUGCAUUAAGGCUAAAGGUGGAUAAAGUACAGGUAAAUAAAUGGUAAAUGAUAAAUAAAAGCUACUUGAGUAUUUACAAAAUGUGUGUUCUUUUUUUGUAUUUUUUUUUUCAUUUAUGAACAGGAUACAGCACAUUUUACACAAGUAUAAAUAUGGACAAUACCUUUUUUAGUAUUUUAACAUUAGUAGAUUGACAGUUUGUUGUAAUCCCUCUCUGGUUGGGAACAAAUGAUGCUCUACAGUGGUUCUCAAACUUCUCAAAAAUUGAGAGUUAAAAUUGGACCACAAGAACUAGUUUGAGAAUCACUGCUCAAACAUUGCGUGUCCACUUGCCAUUUUCUAUGAUCCUAUUUAUUUCAAUGGAGAGAGCUGCUAUAUGCUGCAGUGCAUGACUGGCUGUGUUGCGACGUUUUAUUUUUUUGGCAAAUUCUGAUGAAUUUUUUUCCAGUUAAUUGGUUUAUCAUAUUUUCGUCUAAUUUAGAAUUUUUAGGGUUUAUUUUUGGGUUAUUAAUGCUGCCAGGUGAUUUGAAAAAAAAAAAAAAACUAUUCAAAUUAAGUAUCUAAAGUCCAAAAAAUAUGUGAAUCUUGAUUUUAUUUUUUAUUUUAGUAGUCACCUGGACUAAUUUGAAGCCAAAAUCAUGCUAACUGACAAUGCUAACCGGCGAUGCUAACUGUGUUCCUAGCUAACAGCUAAACUCAGCUGUAAGAAUUAGAAGGCGUUAGCUUGGAUGCUAACUGUUUUUGAUAUUAGAAUGAUGUUGCUGUGCUGGUUAGAUAUAGUAAGUUCUACUGUAUGAUAUUUGUACAUUACUCUGCUCUUUAGUUGAGUUAUGAAGAUUAGAACACCAGUACUAGGCUACAGAGCCGCUCACUGCUGUUUUAGUUUUUUUUUUUUUGUCUAAUUCUGUGUAUCUUUGUGUUUGUAUCUGAAUUCUGCUUUUAUUCCUUAAUUUUGGAUUCUGUCAAUGUUUUCUGAUGCUCUGGAAAUCAUCGGACACUAGGUUCCAUACAGAGUAAAAAAAAAAAAAAGUUGCUGUGUUUAUUCUAUUGAGGAAGAGUAGGCAGAUACCUUAUACAAGCCUCACACACAGAAAACAGACAUGUUACAAACAGGAUAGAGGAUGAGCUGAUAAUGGCAGCAUCUAAAUCUGUAGAGAAAAUAAAUAUAUUUAAAAUACGACUAUCUUCUUCCAGAUUCUUCUUUUGUUUCAUUUAAAUAAAAUAAAAAAGAUCCAACAGGCCAAAACAUGUUGAAGGAAAGUGCAAGUGGACACGUACUGUUAAUUUUGCAGGGCAUUGGUAACCUAAGGCCAGGAUUGAGCCCCACUGACCGCAAACACUUUUCAUGCAAAAUGGUGGUAUUUUUAUUAUUUUUUUUUACUUUAUUUUAUUGAUGUUUUUAACAAUUUUUGAGGGGAAUAUAAAUAUAGUUUGUACAUAUAAAUAAAUGUAAAUUUUGCUCAGCCGAGUGAAAUUUGAUGUGCUUCCUCUCUGUGUGUGUUUUUUUUUUUUUAUCAUUCACAAUCUCCUCAGAUCUCAUAAACGCAACAGCAAAAAAGACAAGAACUCCUCCCAAAAUUGAUACCAUAAUAAAAGUUUUAUAAGCACAA